UCGAAAACAAACAAAUAUUAGAAAAGAAAAAAAGCGAGAGAAUAAAAUGUGGGUCUUACAACGGGUUUCUUUGCAGUGUUUCUUAGUACUUUUUUGUGGGCUCUAUUUUUCCAUAAUUUCGUGUCAAGAAGAGAAUGAUAAUGUAGGAAGCGGAAAUGGUGGUGUCAAAAGAAAGAGCAAAAGGGUACAAGAAUCAAAGUUUAAGAAUAACAUGUACGAUCAAAUUGCACAAGAAUCAGAUCAUGAUUCUGGGAAUGGUAAUAUUAACAGCAAUAAUAACAAUAUUCAUUUGUCCUCCGUCCCCUAUACGGCAUACGGUAUGAGAAUCCAGAAUAAUAUCCCGAAUAACAACAACGACAAUAAUAAUAAGGCUCGGAAUCCUAGAGCGGAACCAAACUAUAUGAGAAAUUACCAUUAUUCCUCGAGAGAUUCUCCUCCUCCUCCUCCUGGAAAUUGGGGAGGUGAUGGGCGACAGAUGAGCUCAUUCAGCUUGGGUGGACUCCAAGCUGCUGCCUCCUCCGCCCCCGCAGACUACGCAUUUGGUGAUGCUGAAGAUAAUUCGGUAGCAGCUGGAGGACAUGGGCAUCAAAGUUAUGGCCAUGGUCAUGGCUGGGGUGGAGGUCAUUCUUCUGGGGGUCAUGGUCAUAGUCACGGUCACACCAAAGGGCAUGAAGAAUCUGUGAACAAUUCAGCUGUGGGCCUUCUCGGGUUCUUAGCCUUAUUGUCUCUCAUCCAGAAUGUCCUUCGGCAGAUGUCUACAACUGCAGCACCGGGGCGAAAACGUCGUGAUACGUCCGAGGGGUUUAUCGACAUAGAUGAACAGACCGGACCAACGGAUGAUGUUACCCCUACACUCCUGCCCCUUUUGAUGUCCUUGAGUCAUGCUCGAGAUGGAAAGGUGCCCUUUAAAUGUGCUUACCGACCUUACUGCAUCGCCAACUCCUUCCUAACCAAACGACUUGGAGAUAUGGGCAGCACGGUGUGCGACCAGUUGACAGCGGUGAUGGAGUCGUCGGUAGAAAAUGUUGGGCUGAAGCCGAAGUGGCGGAGGAACAAUGCGAUGCGAGAAUUGCGGCUCGCAGGCAAGACGGGAGCCAAGGGUCGAGAUUGUUACAAACGCUAUCCCCACUGUUCUCAAUUGGACCGCAUUUCUCAGCCAAAUUCGACAAGCUCAACGUCGCCACCUUAUUUCCUUCCAUUUGGAAAUCUUGGCGAGUUUCUAGGCUAAUUUUAACACGUCAUUCAUCAACGUCGUUAUACAUAUAAACAUAUAUCAUAUUUAUGAAUUUAGUAUAUUUAUAUAUUUAUGUAUUUAUUUAUUCCUGGCUAUUCAACGCAGUAUUAUGUGUAGAUUACAGUUUAUCGACUAUUGCAAACUGCACGUAUAAAUAAAAAAGUUUAAAGAAGCGUGAA